AUGAGGGCUUUGACAUUUAAAAAAUUGUUUGAUAUACUGUCACCAACUAGCUCAAUAUUGCAAAACAAAGAUCUAGAUCUUAUGUUAGCUGUUUCAAUGAUUGAACAAAAUAAAAUAAAAAUAUUAACACUUCGAUCUGAUGAGAGUUUUGAAAGUUUAUCUCAAGAAGUAGAUGCUUUUGUCUUAGAACAAGCUGAUGAAAACAUAGUACAAAGACAACUAUCUGAACGUUUUAGUAAUAAAUCAAUUGGUGUUCUUAAGGAUCUCUCACUUCUUACAAGUAAAGUAAUUUAUAAAAUAAAUAAAGAUCCUAAUUCUUUACCAAAAGAUAGUUUCAAGUACUUUUUAGAAAUAUAUGGAAAGUUUGUUGAUAAAAAAUAUUUAUGUUCAGAGUACUUACAAUUUGCUUCAAUUUUUAAUACUCUAAUAACAUCAGUAGCUUUACCAAACAGCUUACAUAGACAAUGUUUAAUAUCUGUAUUCCCAAAUGUUUAUACAAUAUUAAAGAUAGGAUUGACGCUACCGGUAACUAGUGCUAGUCCUGAAAGAGCGUUUUACAAGCUUAAAAUAGUGAAGAAUCGACUUCGUUCUACUAUGGGGCAAGAGAGAUUACAAGGAUUAAUGAGAAUAACUUGUGAAAGAGAUAUAAUUAUAAAUUAUGAAAAUAUCAUUGACACCUUUGCAUCUAAAAGUCCUCAUCUACUAAAAGUAUUAGUGUUAUAG